AUGGCCAAGAAGGGGCUCGUUGCUGCCCUCGAAAGCACAAAGAAAGCGGCGGAUCGGAAGGUUGCGUCCGUUGCGAAGAACAAAGCGCUGGCGGAUAACAAAAACGGCCAGCGAAAUGGUCAGAGUUGAGAAUUUCAGUGUGAUAUUUUGUUGGUUUAGCCAGAAAAUUCGUCCAAAGUCCUCCCUGUGACGACUCCUUCGGAUUUCUUGACACUCCACCGACGGAAAAAGUUUUUUUUUCCCCUUUCUAAUAUUCCCAGUUCAAGUUCUUGUAUAUCUUUUUUUGCGAUCAGCUGAAGGAGACUUGAUUUUUUCAACUCGCAAAAACCAAGCAACCAGAAUACUUCAAUCAAAAAGAACACUGUUUAUAUUAAAACUUUACCCGUCUUAACCUCGUGAAAACGAAGCACCAUGAAAAUGCCAGGUAAAGUAAUCUUCAAAACUUUUUAAAAGUUCCAAAUUUUUUUUCAAUGGUUUUUCAUGCGUAUCUUUGAGUUUGAAUUUUAUUUUUUUUAAAGCUUCGUAGAGCAAAAAGGCAAAAAAAGCUGUAUUAAUUUUAGCUCUCUUUAGCUUAUUCGAAUAAAAUUUUCGACUUCCAUUGAAUGUUUUUCAUCCGAGUUCGAAAUUUUCACUGAAGUUUUUUUUUGUUAAGUCAACGUUCCUAUUGAUACCAAGAACCCAGAACGUGAUAUUUGUCGUAGAAAAGUCUGAUAUUUGACUUGGAUAAAUUUUACGCCCGGCGUUUUGCUUAAAAACCCGCUAAGAUCGGGCCGAGUUGUGCUCAGAAAUGGCCGGCUGACUAUAUAUACCUUCAAGAACCUUCGAUAUGGCUCAGAUAGAGCUGAAGUGUCUACUGAAGGGGUCAAGAUGAUCAGAUUAUAGUAUGUAUCGCUUGUGUACCCAUUCAAUCAAUAAUGCAUGUAAUAUACAUCGACUAACUAGUUUCACGUCGAGUUCAAAGCUAUUUCCGUGAAAUCCUAAACUAUUUCCGACUCUCCAAAAUUUAGUUAUGUUUUUCACUGUCUGAUUGCUAUUUUGAAUUUGCGAAAUCAACACGGCAUGAAAAUUUGAAAAAAAAAACAAAUUUCGACCAGACCCAAUGUUGAAUAUAAUUAAUGAUUUGAGUAAAUAGUCUUAAUUUUCAUUUUUCAAGCUCACUAUUUUUUUAAGAAAUUAAAAAAAUUAUGUCGAAUAUUUUUGCUUUUUUUGGGCCGAAAGUUAUUCCUGACAUCGAAAUAAAGUGAGUAAAAAAAUUUCAUAAUACCUUUUUGAGCUUUUUAUGAAUGAAAAAUUGAAAAAAAUAGAGUUUUUCCGAUUUUCUGAUUUGGGUUGCAUUGGCUGAUGUAUAAAAUAAUCUUUGCUGAAAUUUGAAAUGAUUUUUUUACAGAAGGAAAUAGUUUAUAGCUUUUGCCGCAAAAAAAUUUGCAAAAAAAUUCACGCAAAAUUAUUUUUGUUAAAUUUUAAAAAAAUAUAAAGUUCGCACAAAGUUAGGACUGUGGACAGUGUUCUCAUUUUUUUAUAUCUCUAAAAAAAUAAAUAUUUACGGAGAUACUCAUUUUUCGAAAUCAAUGCCCAGUUCAACAGGGCAAUUUGAAAGUAAAUUUGCAGAAAAUUUCUAACCAAGCAGAAUUUAAACCAAUGUACUUAAAGGCGCAAAUAAAGCAAAAAUAACCCUGAAAUGGCUCUUCGACUUGAUUAUUUUCCUAAAUUCUUCUAUAUUUCUUCAGAAACCUUAUAACAAAAUUUCUUCCACUAAAAUUCUUCAAAUUUGUUCAGAAGCUUGAUGAAAAGGAUCCCUACGAUUUGGACGACUCUCUAUUAGACAACGUUUGUUUUAUUUAAAAUUUUCUUUAAAAAAACUUCUUUUCAGAGUAUCGAAACUGACGACAGCAGGCAGCUAGUAAUGAGAAAAGAUAGUUCAGAAGUUGAAGAGGUUGGAAAAAAGUUUCAAAGUCCAAAAAAUGAAAAAAAAAAUCUCUAGAUGGAAGAAGAAGACGAAGAGGUAGAUGAUCAGAGCGAUUUUCUGUGUAAAUUGCACAAGUUGUCCAUUUGAAAAAAAAUAAUUUUUCAGCUUUUUUGGACAAAACCAAUCCGGUUACAGCGGUAAAAAGGAAAUCUGAACAGGUUUUCUUCUUCUUUUUUUUUUAAACUCACUUUCCAAUAUGUUUCUUCGCUUUGCAUUGAGAUAUGGUGGAUAUUGCAUGUUUUUUCGAUUUUCUAAGGGGGUCAGUUUGAAAAGUCGAGCGAAAAAAUUGCGAUUUUGGGCAAUAUCGUGAACAAAAUUUAAAAAAAGAAGUUUUUAUGCUCGAAAAAAAAAAUUUGAAAUUGAGUUUAAUUAUCAUUUUUUAAAUCUUUGUUUUUCUAUCGAGCCGCUUUCUGAAGCCCUUACUUGAACAUUAGAAAUCUAGAAAGUUUGAAAAUUUGGCCAUUAUAAAACCAAUUGAUUUGAGUUCUCUCAACUCGUUUUCCCAUUCAGAAAGACCUGGAAUCUAGUUUUUUGACGACGAAAAAAGUUCGAAGCCAAGAGUUGGAACAAUCUUUUGCCGAUUUACCGAAAGGUGGUGAUUAUUUAAAGAUUUCCACAAGUUCCAAUUGUUCCAGAGAUUUUCCCAACAAGGAAGGAUACAUCGGACGGAAAUCGAAAUGAACCAUUAUCACCAAUUAUCGAUUCUACUGCGAGUGAUGAAGAAGAGGGAGUCGAAGCGGAGGUUUCGAAAUAAAUCUUUCCCUGAUUUUUUUAAUUUUCUUUGGUGAUAAAUUUUUUUCAAAAAAAUCGCUUUUUCUGGUUAAAACCAACAAUUUUUUUGUUUCAAAUAAAAAAAUUUUAAUAAGGACUUCGCUAGGUUUGUAAAAUCAGCCGAAUGUAGAGAAUUGAAGAUUUUUUUCUUUUUUUGUUUUUCUAUUUAUUUGGAUUGUUUAUUUCCAAAAAAAGUGUGAAAUUCUAUUAAAAAAAGAGUUUUUCAUCGUUUGUGAGAACAGUUAUGAACGGAAAAAGCGGGUAUUUUGCUACAAUUAUUAGAAAUUGGCCAGAUUGGCCUUUUCUAAUAAUUGUAGCACCUCUUCAUCAUUUCUUGCAUUUUCAGCUUUUUUCUCCUUGAUAACUUGAUUAAUCAUCAUCAAUUCAUAGAACAACCAAGAUGAUACGAAACCGACCAGCUUCAGCGAUAAUUCACUGAAUUCGAGUGGUAAUUCUGAAGGCAAUCGGACCAACGAAACGGAGGAAAUCAGAAAAAGCGAGUGGAAGGGAGAACUUUUGGUUUUCUAAUUGAAAAUACGCAUGUAGAAUGUUCUAACCCUGCAAGGAAUGAGGGUUUUAUUAACUAGUUUUCAAAAUUUGAAGCAUUUUAUCAAAUUUGUGCUCGUUUUUAUGUGGAAAAGUUUCAUUUUGAAAAAUUUCGGCAGUGGAAUUUGAAGCCUAAAUUUUCCUGUGUAAAUUCCAUAUCUCUUUGAUAAUUUUUUUUUUUCUUUCUUUGCUAGCUCAAUUAAUUUAUACUAAUAAAAUUAAAUGCUUCAUUCCCCUUAUUUCUUUGAAAAAAAAUCAGGAGGGGGAAAGUUAAAAUAAUCAUUUUUCUUGAGUCUUUCUGUUUGAAAUGCUGACAUGAAUGUAUAUUUUUAAUUUUGCACACUAGUUAUUCUUCUUCGAAUUGAUGAAACCUCAUCUUUUUUGGGGAAAAAUCAGGGUUAUAGUUUUUGAGUCUUAAAAUUUCAAUAUUAGUGCUACCGCGCCACAUCUAAAAAAAAAGAGGUUGAUAUUCUGUCCUGAAAAAAGACUCGAAAGAAAAUAGUUCGGAGGAUCAAUAAGAACUGAGCCGUUAAGUUCCAUCAAAAGAUUAUCCCUUAAAAUUCACCAAAAAAGUUGCACAACGAGCGAAAAGUUCUGAAAAACAUCGAGAUAUAAUAAUUUUUUGAAUAUUUAAGUUUCAGUCCCUGUUCCACCACCGCCAAUAAAAGAAGAAGUCGACACUCUGUCCUGGAACGAGCAGAUCCCCACGGACACGAUAAUGGAAAGUUUCUCCAACGACGUCUGCGUCGAGUACCCCUUCAUCUUGCCUUCGCGCGAGUUCGAGUCACUCAGGGCGAAAAUCGAGGCGAAGUUCGAGGUGAAACAAGAAGUCGACGCCUCGCCGUCGACUUGUUUCCUCUCAGAUCCCGCCGCCGUCCUCCAGGUUUGUCUGAGCUCCAUUCAAACCUCAUUGGCAUAAUUUCUGGAAACCCGGAAAAACUAGUUCGACGAUAUAAUGGAUGAAAGAGAAACGGAAUUCUCAUUCUUUGAGCGGUUUUAAAAAUACUUCGAAAGGAAGAUUUUUAUAUUUUUCUUUUCCAACAGCUUUCAGAUUUUUGAGAGUAAUCUCACAUGUUAUUUCAGCGGCCUAAACUUUUUCUGUUUGCUCAAAAUGCUUUACAGCGGCCUUCUGCCCUUCCCGGACCACUUGUUUCGGAUAUUUGCUGGUCGUUUUGCAGCCAACGCGAGUCGGAUAACUUGUGUCAAAAGGAGCUCGCCUUUGAUGUUGGUUUGACCGAAAAGUAGAUCACAUAAGGUUUAGAAAAAAAUGAUUGAAAAAAAGUUCUCAUUUCGAGAAAAAGCUAGAACUAUUUGAGGGACUAAAAUCAGAGCAAGAAUAUUUUCAGUCUUCGACUGUUCUGAAUAGCUUGAAAAUGAUCUGAAAUUAUUUCUGAAACAGUGGAAAAAUGCCUCUAAAAAUGCGGAUUAAACGGAAAACAUCAGUGAAGUGGCUUUAAAAUAGUUCAAAUCAUCUCAAAAAUGACGCAGAAGAAUUUUAAAAAAGUACUGACUAGUUAUUGCAACUGGCUUUGAUUUUUAAAAAAUGAACGUUUUUCGGUUCAAGAUAUUCCACACGCUGCGGAAAGGCGACGACCAAGGCCGAAUCAAGGUGCCUCUACUUUUGGCUCGAAAAGUCGACGAGGUGGAAGAAAUCGCGUCGGAGUUGAACGUCGACAAGAGCUUCGUGAUGAAGUCGUGCAGGUUGGGGGCCGACGGGUUGGUCGACGUCGUGGAGACGACGCGACGACGUCUUUCAGCGAGGCCGACCGCCGCGCGGCCGUCCUCCAGCUGCUGGGCCGACGAGAGAGGUUCUCGCUGAGUCUGGAGACGCUGCAUCUCGGCGUCGCCCUCCUGGACAAAAGCUUCAACGUGUUCGUCGUCGACCGAGUCGCUCUCAACGACUUGGCCCUCAUCAGCAUGGUCAUCGCGAGGUAAUCGGGUUCACAGUGAUGAGUUUGAAAGCUGGAACUGUCCUGGAGAUGACAAUUAGACUAGAAGAAAUAUUGAAAAGACAAAAAAACGGAAAUCAAUGGUCAGAAUUGAUAGGUUUGGCCUUUUUUUUAGCGAUUUUCAAACAGAGGUUUUUUUCCCCUUUUUUUUUAACUCGCACGGGAGGGUUGCACAUUUUGAUAUGUUUCUCGUUUCAUAUCAAGAAAAUAAGUUCAUUAUGAUUAAUUACCUUUGAAAGUGGGAAAUUUUGCUAUUUUCAUUGAAUAAAAAAUGAUUACAAGAGCUUGACCAAGGCUAUUGCUUUCAAAUUGGCGCCGAAAACGCAUCGCGACCUCUUUGCAAACACACUCUAAAUGUCGCACUUUGUCGUUUAAAGCUGGGGAAAGUGGACUAUGUCUGAACGAUGAAAUUCAAGCGUUCAUUUUUAACUUUCUUAGAAAUAUUUUUUUCAAAAGUUUUAUGACCCGAUCUCGUGAGCCUACAUUUCCCCUACAUUUAUUCCGUCAAUUUAGUACUUCUCGAGUUGAUUGAUGUAACGGGAGUUUUUUAAAUUUUGAAUUUCAUUCUGAGAGGUUUCAAUCUUAAAUACCAAGAUAGAAAAUUUCAAUUUCAGUAAGUUGAUGGAAUACAACGCCUUGAAGCUGUCGGACUUGAUUUCGACCCGAUUGGUCGAGAACAAGACUGUCAAGGAGGUUUUCGAAGGAUAAUUCCUAGGAUUGUAUGGUCUUUAUAGCUGGGCUUCUUGGAAAAGAGGAUCCUGAAAGAGCUGGAUUAUCGAUUGGAAGUGCCCACGUCGUUCACUUUCUCUAACUUCCUUAUGUUGGCAUUGAAAGUCACCGAGGAGCAGAUUUGCCUGACGCAUGUCAGUUUGUGAUUUUUCGAUGAAAACUCAAGAUUUUUUGUUCCGAAGGAAUUUUCAAAAAAAUUUGAAAAAUAACGUUUUUCGGAUAAAAAUGGUUCGCUUUUUGGUGGGAUGAGUUUUCUUGAAAACAUGAAUUUCGAUAUUUUUCCAAGUCUUCAAAACGCCAGUUUUGUAUUUUGAUUUCAAGGGAAAAUUUUAUUUUUUUUCACGAUCAAAUUUUAUUCUAGCAUUGUGUCGUUAUUUUUCUCAAUAGGUUUCUGAAUUUCCAAAAAAUAAAGUUACAUUCGCACCUCUAAUGCAAUUGAUGAGCUAAAAAAAUUAAGAACUUCUUUAUUUUUUUUUUGUUUUCCAUUUUUUCUUCUUUAAUGGGCAACUACGGAAUCAUGAUUUUCAGUACUUACUUGAAUUGGCCCUCUUAUCACUGGAUUUCCGGUACUUUCCAUCGGCCCAAGUGUCCCAUGCGGCCGUCUGUCUGGCCUCGGCGAUACUUCCCAAAAAGGUGUGGUUUUUGAUCAAUCAAUAUCAAUCAAUAUUGUUUUCGUUUCAGUCAAUCAAUUGCGUCAAAAACUUUACGACAAAAAAAACUUUUUUGAUGUUGCGAUUUUGAAUAUUUGUAAGUUACUGGUAGAAUUCCAGCUUCUAGACAAAAAUGCGGCUCAGAAAAUUUCAGAACGAUUGAUUCAACAAAUGUAUCAUCAAAGCAUUUUAACGUGGAUUUUAACGAAGAGGGAACAUUUUCAGGAGUUCCCCUCGGCGGUUCUAGCUUUGUGCUACGCGGAACGACGCUUGAAAGAUUUCAGCCGGAUCGAUGGCGAAUCGACGAGGAAUAUCAUGAGAUCGCUCGUGGUACAGUACGAUUUGGUGCGUGAAAAUCUAAUAAAAGUCUAAAUUUCAAAAAAAAAAUUGAAACAGAUGCUCCAUUUCCCUUCAUUCCUCCCGUCAAUUAGUACUCGUGUGUGAGAAAUGAAACAUUUUGAUUGAAAUGAGAAAAUAUUCAAGCUUUAUAGAAAAUUGUAUUGAAUAUACAAAUUUCUUGUCCUAACACUAUGGAGGGGUUCCUUUUGAUAGUCUGUUAUGCAAAAUUUUCAACUUAUGACGCGUGAAGAUUGAUUUGAAGGAAAAGAAAAUCAAAACUCGAACUUUUAUAGAAACUGUUAUUGUAAAAACCAUGUAAUUUCGCAGUUUGGAACUUAUCGGACGUGACUUCUCAUUGUUUUAGGGCCUCUAUAAGCUCAUUACUUUGUUUCGGGGAAAAUAAGCUUCAAUUUGAUGAAAAUGGAAUAUAAGUCAAGCUUUCAGUUAAAAGCUCUUGUAAGGACCAAUUGAAAUAUUUUUUUCUACAUUUGAUGAGUUUUGACUACACGAUAAAUCUGUUAUGUGCAGUUCCGAAAAAAAAAAAUUAAAUCUGAAUUAAUUGAGGCAGUUUCAGGCGAUCAAAGAACGGCACGAGAGCUUCAGAGAGUACACUAAAUCAGAGCGCAAAAACGUCGCAAACGCUGAAAUUCCGAAGGAAUUGAGGAAACUUAUCCUGGGUAAUCAAUAGAUGGUUUUUUUUUCAGUGAAUUUUUCGAUCCCUUUCUCGAUUUUUUGGGAAACAAAAAGAGAAAAAUCGAAAAUUUUGGUGGGGUUUCCUUGAAUAAUAUAGAAAGACUAUGCGAUUUCUCUCGAGUUUUUUAACUUUUUUGAACUGAACUUUUUAUUUAAAUGUUCAAUCAAAUGACUUUUUCAGAUACGAAGUGA